CUACCCGCCAUAGAACAGAAAGAAGAAGAGAAACAACACAUUCAAUGGUAUGUGUUCACGGAAGUCAGUGAGUCACAUUUUCCGUUUCAUCAUGGAGGCUAGCGGUGAAGCAGCUAACUCGUCUCUAGAAGACGACCAGCAUUCAUCACUGGAGGAGGAAGAACAGCAGCUGGAGCUGGAGUUAGCAGACAUCAGAUUAGAAGACCUGCCGCAGAAGGUGCAGGCGGUGCAGACGGACUGCUGGACCGAAGAGUCGGGCGUCAACACGCAGCCGGACUGGGAGAGUCAGGUGGAGGCACUGUUCGAGUACAGCUCCAGCCUGGUGGAGCAGUACGAUGGCCUGAUGAGGCAGCAGGACCAGGAGGCGGUCGCACACGAGAAACACAAACAACAGCUGCAGAAGAAGAAGGAGGACGCCACCCGCCAGUACCAGGGUCUUCUGGACAAAUUGCAUUCACUGCGAGUUAAACUGCAACUCAACAACUCCAAAGCCACCAGGAAGAACUUCUUAUCCAAGAAACAGGAGAUGACGGCAGAGAAGAACAGAGCAGAAGAGGAGAGGAACAGGCUUGCGAAGGAGCUGGAGGAGAGCGACAGGAAGCUGACGGAGCUCACGGAGGAGCAGAACGAGGAGCAGCGGCGGUGGCAGAAGGAGCUGGAGGAUCUGAGGAAGGAGAUGGAGCGCGUCAGGAAGGAGGCGCAGGAGGCCGACCUGCUGGCUUUACAGGACGAGAUCGCCGCCGUGGAGAAGCAGAGAGACGUCGCCAUGGCUCGCAUCGAGGCCUGGUUAAGAGAGGUGGGGCAGUACCUGAACACUCUCAGGGUGGAAUUCCCGCAGCAGUAUCCUCAGGAGAGGAUGGACUGGAAGAAGGAGGAGGAUAAAGUGCGGAGGAGCCAGGCCGAGCUGCAGAGCCGCUACAAGGAGGUUCUGCAGCAGCUGCAGCAGGGCCGAGAGCUCGAGUCCCUCCCCAGGAUCAACGUGCCGUCCCUGCCACAGGUCCCCAUGACUAAACUGAGAUUCAAUCAGCUGAUGCAGUCUUUGGUUUAUCCUCAAUUCCCCCCCCAUCCUCCAAACCCAGUGAACCGGCCCCUCCAUCCCCAGAGACACCCACAGUACUACCAGCACCCGCACCAGCCCCCACACUCACACCAUCCCCAGUACCGCCACCGCUACCACCACCCACCACCCCCCCACCAGUUCGAGCCCCCCAUCCCUCCCCAGCACCAACCUCCGCACCAGUUCCAGCCCCUACACCCUCCCCAGGCUCAGUACCACAUCAGAGCUCCGGUGAGGGUGACCCCCCCUCCCAGCCACUCCCCGUCCCCUCCCGUCCAGCCCAUCCACCCUGUAGUUCCCUCCCCGCCUCCCCCCGCCGCUGCUGCCACCUCAGCCCCCACCGGAAAACUGGACAAAGUCCUGGAGAGGCUUGGGGCUUAUUACCCACAGUGCAACAGGGCUCAGCUGACGUCGCUGCUGCAGCAGGUGAAGAGCUCCCGCGGCACGCUGGCCGGCAUGUCCAUGGAGGACGUCAUCGAGCAAGUCGGCUUCAAGCUGGCCCUGAACGAGAGGUCGGCCCCGGGGCCCAUCAGCCGGCCCGCUCCUCCAGGCCCCAUCCAGAGGCCGUCGCCCUCGCCGCAGAGAGGGGCGGCGGCGUCAGUGGGUGGAAGUCAAGCUGUCGGAGCUCAUAAACCCUGCCUGGUGUGUCAGAACCGCGUGGAUCCGGAGAGCCGGCACCCGCUGAGCUGCUCCCACACCAUCCACAAAGACUGCAUCCGAGUCUGGCUGCAGUCCAGCAAGAACAACUCUUGUCCGUUCUGCCCGGCGAAGUGACGCAGCAAAGCAGUUUAAAGGUUAUAGUCUCUCGGCCGGCUCUGACUGAUUUUACAGGCAGCAGUGCCAAUAAAAGCUGCUCGUCUCACAGUAAAGCUGCUGUAAUGAAUGAAGAAGACUGCAGAAAAUAAAGACAAAACGCUGCAGAGGGUGGAGAGGUUGCUGGAGGAGUCAGAGAGGCUCUGCAGGAAGAUUCAGUCCUGAGGAAACAGACAACAAUGGCUGCAAGGAAAUCUUAAAAAGAAUAGAAAAAUAGAGUAUUUGGUUUAGGGGCGUUAUGUUGCGUAAACCUCCUGUUUUUGUUAUUGUAAAAUGUAAGUUGUUAACAGUCUGCAAUUGAUCGGUGAACUCAGGUCCUGGUCUUAAAUUUAGCAUCAUCAUUAAGGUUCAGUCAGGUCAUGUCUUGGGUACAGCGUCAGGUUUGGAUUCAGUUUUAGGCCCGUGCAGAAUGCCAGUAAAAACUAGAAAAGGUCACAUUCCUGAAGAAAUUGUCGGUGAGCUCCUAACCGGAUGUCAGCCAGCCGCCCCAAAGUAUGCACCAUUGCUGGCAAGUCACAGUCUCAAGCACAAAGAGCACUAUGACUGGCCACAAGGUGGUGCAAUCAGUCACUUGUGUUAAUAUGCAGGAGAGAUGGACGGAGGCAACUGUCUACCAAGUAUCAUGUCUGUAUUAUUAAUAAAAAUGUAUGUGCACAUAUCA